AGCCCAGGAGGUCGGCUCUGGAAUGACUGUGAGUGGUCCUGGGACCCCCGAACCCCGGCUCGCGGUCCCCGGGGCCAGCUCGGUGGAGCAGCUGCGGAAGGAGGGCAACGAGCUGUUCAAAUGCGGAGACUACGAGGGCGCCCUGGCGGCCUACACCCAGGCCUUGGGUCUGGGAGCGACACCCCAGGACCAGGCCAUUCUGCACCGGAACCGGGCCGCCUGUCACCUCAAGCUGGAAGAUUAUGACAAAGCAGAAACGGAGGCAUCGAAAGCCAUUGAAAAGGACGGUGGGGAUGUCAAAGCACUUUAUCGCCGAAGCCAGGCCCUAGAGAAGCUGGGCCGCCUGGACCAGGCCGUCCUUGACCUGCAGAGAUGUGUGAGCUUAGAGCCCAAGAACAAAGUUUUCCAGGAGGCCCUGCGGAACAUCGGGGGCCAAAUUCAGGAGAAGGUGCGAUAUAUGUCCUCGACAGAUGCCAAAGUGGAGCAGAUGUUCCAGAUCCUGUUGGACCCAGAAGAGAAAGGCACUGAGAAGAAGCAGAAGGCCUCGCAGAACCUGGUGGUGCUGGCCCGGGAGGACGCGGGAGCUGAGAAGAUCUUCCGAAGCAACGGGGUGCAGCUCUUGCAGCGCCUGCUCGACACUGGAGAGACGGACCUCAUGCUGGCUGCCCUUCGCACGCUGGUCGGCAUUUGCUCUGAGCACCAGUCACGGACAGUGGCAACCCUGAGCGUGCUGGGCACUAAGCGAGUGGUCUCCAUCCUGGGCGUGGAAAACCAGGCAGUGUCGCUGGCUGCCUGCCACCUGCUGCAGGUUAUGUUUGAUGCCCUCAAGGAGGGCGUCAAGAAAGGCUUCCGAGGCAAAGAAGGUGCCAUCAUUGUGGACCCUGCCCGGGAACUAAAGGUCCUCGUCAGUAAUCUCUUGGAGCUCCUGACUGAGGCGGGGGUCUCUGGCCAAGGCCGAAACAAUGCCCUGAGCCUCCUGAUUAAAACGGUGCCCCGGAAAUCUCCCAAGGACCCCAGCAACAGCCUCACCCUCUGGGUCAUCGACCAAGGUCUGAAAAGGAUUCUGGAGGUGGGGGGCUCCGUGCAGGCCCCCCCCGGGGAGCUGGCGGUGACAGCAAACAGCCGCAUGAGCGCCUCCAUUCUGCUCAGCAAGCUCUUUGACGACCUGAAGUGUGAUGCUGAGAGGGAGAAUUUCCACCGGCUCUGUGAGAACUACAUUAGGAGCUGGUUUGAGGGCCCAGGGCUGGCCGGGAAGCUACGGGCCAUCCAGACGGUGUCCUGCCUCCUGCAGGGCCCAUGUGAUGCUGGUAACCGGGCCUUGGAGCUGAGCGGUGUCAUGGAGAGCGUGAUCGCUCUGUGUGCCUCUGAGCAGGAGGAAGAGCAGCUGGUGGCCGUGGAGGCACUGAUCCACGCGGCCGGCAAGGCCAAGCGGGCUUCGUUCAUCACUGCCAACGGUGUCUCACUGCUGAAGGACCUGUACAAGCGCAGCGAGAGGGACAGCAUUCGCAUCCGGGCGCUGGUGGGACUCUGUAAGCUUGGCUCAGCCGGAGGGACCGACUUUAGCAUGAAGCAGUUUGCUCCUGGGUCCACUCUCCUGUGUGUCCCCAGAUGGCUGUGCAAUGACCAGAUCGAUGCCGGCACUCGGCGCUGGGCAGUGGAGGGCCUGGCUUACCUCACCUUUGAUGCUGACGUGAAAGAAGAGUUUGUGGAGGACGAGGGUGCUCUAAAGGCUCUGUUCCAGCUCAGCAGGUCUGAGGAGAGGUCGGUGCUCUUUGCUGUGGCCUCUGCACUGGUCAACUGCACCAACAGUUACGACUAUGAGGAGCCCGACCCCAAGAUGGUGGAGCUGGCCAAGUACGCAAAGCAGCACGUGCCUGAGCAGCACCCUAAGGACAAAUCAAGCUUUGUGCGGGCUCGGGUGAAGAAGCUGCUGGCGGCUGGGGUGGUAUCAGCCAUGACCUGCAUGGUGAAGACCGAGAACCCGGUGCUGACUAAUUCCUGCAGGGAGCUGCUCUCCAGGGUCUUCCUGGCUUUGGUGGAAGAGGUGGAGGACCGAGGCACUGUGGUUGCUCAGGGAGGGGGAAAGGCUCUGCUUCCACUGGCCCUGGAAGGCACCGACAUCGGGCAGACAAAGGCAGCCCAGGCUCUUGCCAAGCUCACCAUUACCUCCAACCCAGAGAUGACCUUUCCUGGGGAGCGGAUCUACGAGGUGGUCCGGCCGCUCGUCUCCCUGUUGCACCUCAACUGCUCAGGACUGCAGAACUUCGAGGCACUCAUGGCCCUAACGAAUCUGGCGGGGAUCAGUGAGAGGCUCCGGCAGAAAAUCCUGAAGGAGAAGGCCAUGCCCAUGAUUGAGGGCUUCGUGUUUGAGGAGCAUGAGAUGAUCCGGCGGGCAGCCACCGAGUGCCUGUGUAACUUGGCCAUGAGCAAGGAGGUGCAGGACCUCUUUGAAGCCCAGGGCAAUGACCGGCUGAAGCUGCUGGUGCUGUACAGUGGGGAGGAUGACGAGCUGCUAAGGCGGGCAGCCGCCGGGGGCCUCGCCAUGCUCACAUCCAUGCGGCCUUCGCUCUGCAGCCGCAUCCCGCAAGUGACCACGCACUGGCUGGAGAUCCUGCAGGCCCUGCUGCUGAGUCCCAACCAGGAGUUGCAGCACCGGGGCGCUGUGGUGGUGUUGAACAUGGUGGAGGCCUCAAGAGAGAUCGCCAGCACCCUGAUGGAGAGCGAGGCGCUGGAGAUCCUGUCUGUGCUGGCUAAGGGCGAGGAGAGCCCCGUCACGAGAGCUGCUGCAGCCUGCUUGGGGAAGGCGGUGGAAUAUGGGCUUAUCCAACCCAACCAGGGUGGAGAGUGAGGGGCUGCCUCCAGGCCCAAGCUCCUGCACUGGCUCCUUACUGCAGCACUGAGAUGGGACAGCAGCAGCUUCGGCUGAUGGAGCUGGGAUGCUGGCCACUUGCCUGGCCUCCACUGCUGCAUUUUGAUGUCUUCUGUUGAGUUAGGGACCACGCAGUCACACAGCCCUGCUCUGCCAGCACUGCCUCCAGCCUUCCCCAGAGGGCCCGAUUUCUCUGCCACUGUAGAGAGCUGGGAGGGGGACGGUGCACUCUCAACUCAGCCUUUGGAUUCUGGGAUCAGAAAGGGCACCGCAGCAGCCUGACCAGCUGUGAGCAUCACUUGAGCCUCUAGCUGGCCUGCCCCUCUAAUAAAGUGUGUGCAGCACAAAUGUGUGUCCGGCCCUGAGCGGGAGG